GUUCCAUUAUUACAUUCCACAGCUUCUGACCAAAACCUUUGAACACUUUCUCCUCUAUUUCUCCAUUGAAGCUUGGAGAAAGGAGCUGCAAAAAAUCAGCAUGAAAGCUCAACACCACCAUAAACCCAAGGCACACCCACGUCCUCUUUUUUCCUGCGGCUUCUUCCGCAACUGUACUCAGUCCUCUCCCAGCCCCACCACUCCGAGUUCCCCUUCGUUCCCACUCUCUCCUUCCCAACCCCAACCACCAUCAUUGCCUUCCCCACCUCCCCCUCCACCUCCUCCUCCACCACCACUGCCACCUCAAAGGAAAAGCUCAGUCUCACUAUUACACCACCCUGAAUCAUCCUCUUCCUCCUCUUCUUCCUCUGCUUCCCAGAGCUUUACCCAAUGGAGAUUCCCCCUCGCCACCUCACCCAUUCACCAGAACACUACUUUCACAUCCCACUCCUACCCACAGUCGGAAUCGACUCCUUGUUUUAACCCACCACCUCCACCACCGCUGCCAUUUCCCAUCACUAAUAUUCAGGAACUCUUUCACAUGGCUGAGCUUCAACUCACCACUGGCUCACUCUCCGACCAGCUUGCUGCCCUCCAACUUCUUGAACGUUCCCUCGUCCCAAACCCUCCAUCCAAUCCUACUUGCCCUCCCGAAUUAAUGCGCGGGAUUGUUUCAAAUUUGAGAAACAAAGCAGGGGCAAAAUCAGCAACAAAAAUUUUGCUAGCUUUAUGCCUGGCGGAGGGCAACCGCCACGUCGCAGUGGAGGCGGGGGCGGUUGGGGCGGUAGUCGAAGUGGUGGCGGAGCUAGAGGGAGCAGCGGCGGAAAGAGCACUGGCGGCGCUCGAGCUCAUGUGCACGGUGGCCGAAGGAGCAGCCGAGUUGAGGGCUCAUGCACUUGCAGUGCCCGUUAUGGUGUCCGUGAUGGGACGGUUGGCUGGAAGGGGAAGAGAGUAUGCCAUAAGCGUAAUUUCGGUUAUCUACAGUGGUGGUAAUGGUGGCAGUGGUGGUAAUGGUGAUGGUGAUGGUGAUGGUGAUGGUGAUGGCGACGGUGAUGAAGAUGAAAAAGAAGAAGACGCGGUGACAGCGCCACCACAGGAGGUGGCGCGUGCGGUGGUGUUGGCGCUGCAAGGUGAGUGUACCGUGAGGGGUAAGAGGAAGGGGGCGCAGCUGUUGAAGACGCUUCAGGAAUAUGGACAGCUGGAUUUGACCCAAUAUGGGAAUGAACGAAUGUGAUUUGUCUGUGUAGGGUGUUUUGGUCACAGGUUAUUCUGUUGUUGUUCUUCACAUGAUUGGGUGGAUUCACUUAAAGCCCCUGGGCCUAUGGCCCAGACAAGGGUUUAAAUUCUCAUUGAUGUGAAAUAAUUUAUCCAAAAUUAU